AUGAGCAAUUUAAAUUUAUCAUAGUCAUGUAUCACUUAUGCUGCUGAAAAGCCAUCAGAAAGAGUUUAAGAAUAUUUAAGAAAUUCUGUUGUCAGUCCUAAUUAGCUUAGUUAGUAUACAUCUUUGCAAUCUUUUGAUGAAAAAGUUCCUGCAGAUAGAAUUCCUUCUGUAUUAGAAGAGCUUAGACUUUAUGAGGAUUUUUGUGUGAAAAAUGAUUAGUAUAUAGAAGCUAAUAAAUGUGUUAAAAUGAUAGAAACUCUCUAAAAACAAGAAGUAAAGAUUUCUGAAAAAACUAUCAAAAAUAUUAACUAAAGCGAGAUGUCAGAGCUUGAAGAAAUUAACUUGCAGUAAUUUAAAGAAUUUAAUGAAAUUUGGGACAAAACAAUCGAAGAAUACACAAAGGAACUUAAGCAAAAGGAAUAAGAGUUGAUAUAACAACACGAAUAGUAAAUUCAUGAAUUCGAUGAAAGCAUCAAAUAUAUUCAAUUCCCUAAGACUAAAUAUUCUACAGAAGUUAUAUAAUUGAGAUAUUUACUAGAAUAACUCAACAAAAAUAAAAGAUAUUUAGAAUCUCAUGAUGUCAAAAAAAGAAUACUUGAAUUAGAAUAAAGAGAUGAGCAAAAGUGGACUGCAAUCUUUUAGUAAAAAGUAGCUGUUAAGAGAGUUCAGCUUUUGUAAAAGUAAAAAGCUGAAUUGUAAGCCUUAUAAAGCAAACUUGAAAAUUAGCUCUAAUUAAAAAUAAGAACAAGAAAAUAAGAGAUGAAUAAAUACGCUUAGUGGCUCUAAAAUAUGAAAUAAGAGCUCUCUGUUACAUAAGGAUUAGAAUUGAGCAGAAUUAUGGUUCAAGGAGAAAAGAGAAAUGUAAAAGUAGAAGGAGGAUAGUGUAACUCUUCACUUAUAGUUAGCUAAAAUUACAGUCAAUUACUUGAUGUUUCAAGAUCAUACAAUUCCCCUAUGAAUGGAAACCAGUCAUCAAUUUAAAAUUGA